AUGAGGUUCUUCACCAUAUAUAUCGCCUUUGUGCCCCUCACCAUCGCUCACACGCGACGCUAUGAAGCACUCCAGGCUGCACCAGGCGAUCUUAUGCCACGGUUCUUUAUCGAUCGAUCUUUUCCUCUAGCCAAGCGUGCUGGAGACUGUGGUUCAGACAAACACAACUGCCUCGAAAUCGGCUUCCCUGAUGACUGUUGCGACAAUGACUCUUAUUGCUACGUCAACCGACAAGGUGAUCCGAAAUGUUGUCCUAUAGGCUCAAACUGCUCGUCCGACUCGCCGUGCAACUCAACUGCUUACUACUGCACCCGCACCGCUAUUAUCAGCGGGACUACCACUGAGCAACGGGGUUGCUGUGAUCGCAAAUGUCCUACGACGAGUCUUUAUCUCUGUCCCAGCAGUCUCGGCGGGAACUGCUGCGGUUACAACUCUGAAUGCCGUGUUGGUGGUGCUUGUGCCUCGACGAGACCUGCUUCAAGAACAGGUCUACUUUCACCUAUACCUUCAGGCUGUACGACAUCCCAACAUAGUUGCACCAUCGGAGAAGGAUGUUGCGACAACGACCAAGUGUGCACUCAAGUCAGUGGUGAGGGAUACUGUGCCCAGGCUGUACCUACAGAAAGCGACGCCACAGUCGUUGACGACGAUGAUAGCGAUAGCAAAUUGUCGGAUGGCGCAAAGGCGGGCAUAGGCGUUGGUGUUGUUGUAGGAGGGAGCCUCAUCAUCGGCGGCCUUACUUGGAUGUGUCUGCGGAAACGAAGACGCCAGCGAAGUGCGUCAGGGCCAUCUGCACCCGGGCACGUCAACGACCCUGCUCGUGACGGCAUGACAGAUAUAUCAGGGAGUCAUGUCCGGUCAGGUCCGACCCAAGAUUACUUUGGACCAGAUCCUGCAGCUGGUCCAUACACAGAGCCGGCCAGCUCACGAGUUACUUCACCUGGCAGAGACGCUGCAGUACCCAUGCAUGCACAAAGUCCUGGUGAUAUUGCGGCGCCAGUCGAGAUCGAUUCAACGAGAAGAGAAGGCAGUGAUCUAUUAUCGCCCAUGUCCAGUCCGAGUCUGUACCAGACACCUCUUUCCGAAACAAUAGACGGUCGAUUCGAGUUAUACGGUAACGAUUCAUCGAUAGCCCCUGACCGUCCGCUGUCCAUCGUUCCAACACCACCACAGAGUAUAAUGGGGGACAAACGCCCAAGGCAGGAUUAA